UGUGUAAUGCUUUGUGUAUACUUUUCAGUAUUGGGAUUAAGCUUAAUGAAUUUAUUGUUUUCAGGUUUUAUUUUUGAAAUUUCAUGUAAUGUAUUCUUAGGCCCUGGUGCAGACUGUAACUUGAAUUUACACAGAACUAUUUUUUGCUGUCAAACAAGCAAUUUUAAAUUUUUGGCAAAAUUUAUAAAUCAUGUUUUUUAAGUUGUUUUUUUGUCCACAUCAGGGAAACUUUACCCCCAUGCAAGGAACAAAUCCAUUACAAAUAAAAAAGACAAAAUUGGGCGAGUGGAAAGAACAAAGCAAUAAUCUCACAUUUUUAUGAAAAAUCUGAAUAAUUUUACAAUUAAAAGUUAGCAUUUUAGCAAUUGAUUUUUCAAGAUAAAAAUUUCUCGCCAAAAAGAUUUCUGCUUUCAUUGAAUCCAACUUUUUACACCACAUAUUAAAUAAGAUACUACACAAUGCUUUUGAUGAUUUUAUUGUCCGGUUUGCCAAAGACUUUCUAGAACUUGUCGCCGCCGGGUCACGACUUCACACGAGCCUCUAAAAUUGCGGCGCAUCUCGAGCGCCCCUGAUUGUGUGGCAAUAAAAUGGCACACGUAAAAAGAAGCGUCGUUUUCUCACGCGGCGCUCACCGUCGUUUCAGAAACGCCGUCGCGCCGCAAAACACAAAUAAAUCUACAAAUAGCAGUUUGUUUUCGGUCAGUCGCGCGCGCUAUAUCGAGUGUUAGGAGUUGUAAAUAAACUUGUUAAUUAGAAUAUCUGCGCGUCUCGCUUUUGCCCUCCAAGCGAAGACAAAAGACGAGAUGUUUUCAAAGACGAGAUUUUGCUUUCUAAUCAUUCUGCGUCUUAUUCAGAGUGACUUAAUUAUAGUGUUGAGAAAAUUGCGUAUUUAUAAUUUGUUUUCAUAUUUUGCUUUUGAAAAUCACUUGUCGUCAGCACGGCAGUUUAUUUCCACACAGAAUCUGUGUCAACAGUUGGCUCUCCAGAGCAACGAGGGAUGUUCUUGGUAAACAAAAAUAAAUAAAAAUGCACACAAGUUGCAAAAAUAAAUAAGCAUGACGAGUUUGAAAUAUUUCCCACAUAUUGGAUAUUCCCAGUGACACAUUUUUAAUUUUUUUUUUAAGGUAAUUGCAUUUUUUUCCGUCUGAUCCAAAAAUGAAACAUUUUUAUUUAGUUUUUUCCCUUUUUUUUAGAUUUUGCAUUAAAUUUAUUCUUAACGAUUAGUAACAAAUGCAACAAAUUAAACUUAUUGUGUUGGCAGUUCAUUUAUUGUAGAUAUGUGACAUAACUUUUUUAAUCUCUCUUCAAUAAAUAAAUACAUUGAAAAUAAUGUUCUAACAAUUAUUGCGUGCAAUGAUACAUUUUCAAAAAAAUAAUAUCAAUAAAUUAAAAUUAUACACUCGAUGUGAUGUGUACAAUGAGUAUAAAAUGUGGCUCUACUUAUAUACUGCUUUUAAUUUUUUGUAUUACCUUAAAUGAAUCUUUUGAGGGAAAUUUGAUAAUAAUUGACUAUCUUCACUUCAAUAAAAUUAACUACAAUUUGAACAACAUAUCGACGAAUAUCUUAAUUUAAUCUAGAAAUAACUUUGAGUAACCUAUAAUGUACCAAAAUAAAUCAAUAGGUAGCAAUCGAUUUUGCAACAAAUUUUCUGGCGACGAGAGUUGAUGGCUUUUGCACUUUGAUGGUGAGUAAGUUCAGUGUAAGUGCACCGGUGCAGUAUCAAAAUUAGCUCGUUAAUUAUAUGCGCCCCGGUCCGUACUGACCUUUCCCACGUCGCGCACUAUUAGCUGCGCCGCGCACAAUAACGCUGCUAUUUCAGGUGCGAAAAACGAGCUACAGAGCCAAAGAGGAAAUUGGCCGGUGGCUCUUCUGGCUUUGUUAUCGCAGACUAGCCAAUACACGGCGAUUUCUUUUGGCGUCGUCGAGAGAAAUGCGAUUCAAGAGUGGCGCCGUGACAGUUCAAGCUGAAAAGAAUAAAAAUAGACAAUUUAAUUUUUGAGCUAAAUGUUGCGUGAAACAGAUAAUUUAUCAGUGCCUGUUUAUGCAACUGUUUGUUGACAAACUUUAAAUGCUUUUAAAACUGUUACAUUUUGUAAACAAAGAAAAUAAUUUCAGCUCUAUUCAAUCAAAUCACGGAAAUAACACUCAUAUGUUGUUCUUUUGAUCAAUAUGGGCUUUGUGUGAUUGACUUGAGAAGUUAAUGGGUUUGCAAUAUUGUGUAACUUAUGGUCGUAGAAAUGCAACUAAUGUUCAAAGAGUGCAAACAUAAUAAAAAGGUGAAUAGAUCGUAAAUGCGCAAUAAAAUUUGAUAAAUCGGUUGUCAGAGAAAAAGAGGCAUUUUUAGUUGUCAAGUAAAAAUUUUAUCCCUCUUUUUCUCUUCGGAAGCCUCAGUCACAUACAAUCUUUCCAUUACAUCGCGUCUAAAAAAGAAUUCCAAGAGAUUGGAAAUUUACAAGUCUUCAAUUGGAAAAUAGAAUGAAGGAAUCAAGAAUUUUGCUUUGUAUUUUGGCUUUGUUUGCCUGCAGUGACGCCAGAAAAUUUACAAGCAUUGAAGUGAACUUUGAUUCUUGCGUGGCUCCAUUUCUCCAGACGCAUCGCCGUCUGCUGGGCAUUCCUGCAUUUGGGCUGAUCAUUAUUUCUCAAAAUUGCAACCAGAGACUGGAGCGAUUUCUUCAGCAUUUGGAAACACCUCUAUCCAUUUAUUGUGGAGUUCAUUUGAACGGCCGUUCACUGGAAAAUGUACAAUUUGGUCCGACGGUUGCGAUUAUUUUACCAAUUAUGGAAGAUGCGACAGAAACUUCUGUUGAUUUAAUUCUUCGAAGAUUGGUGGCGAUGAAUGAAAAGAGUCUCUGGCAAUCCCAGUUUUACCUUUUCCUAGAGAAUAAUACACAAGAUCCUAAACCAAUCCUCCGCAUUCUGUGGAAAAACCAAUUUUUCAGGAGCUUUGUUGCUGUGUCAGAUAGAGACGAAGUUCGCUUCCUUAGAGUUUAUUCUGCGACUGGUGGAAUUUGCGAAGGUUCAUCAACACCAGAGCCAAUUAACGUGGCCAAGUGUGUCAAAGGCCAAGUCAAAGUUUUUGACGAGGAGAAAAUGCGAGAUCCAUCCAUGGUCAACCUGCAGGGUUGCACAGUCAACGUGGCCACCAUACACUUUCCUCCAAGUGUCAUUCUUUUCACAGACCCUGCGGCAAAUUCUUCAUUCUCGGCUCAAAUGCGCUCGGCGUCGAGUUUUGAAAGUGUGACUCCGCUGGGCGGCAUCGAGGUGUCUCUGAUGAAAAGCAUCGGCGCCGCAAUGAACUUCAGGGUUCGCUUUUACCUGCCGCCGGACAACCAAGGCUGGGGUGUCGGAAAAGAGGACGGGACGUUCAGUGGCCUCCUUGGCGAAGUGGCCGCCGGCCGUGCAGAUGUGGGAAUCGGAUGUCUGAUGCCGUUGCCGCUGCGGACGCGAUUUCUGCUUGCGUCGCGCAGCUAUGGGCACAGGGGCCUUGCUUGGGCCGUUCCGAUGCCCAAACCGCAACCAAGAUGGGCUGUCCUGGUCGAAGCUUUUGCGCCGGAUGCGUGGGUUGCCAUUGCUGUUGUGCUUGUUGCAGCUCUUGUGCUCAUAAUGGUCGCGAAUAAGGGACAAAUUACUGACGGCCCCUUUUUGUACCUCUGGGCAACCACGCUGGGCGUCUCGGUGAUUGAAAUGCCGCGAGCUUCGUGGGCCAGGGUGCUGCUGCUUGGCUGGCUGUUGGCCUUUCUUGUCUUGAGCGCUGCCUACCAAGGCGCCUUGUUUAGCUACUUGACCAAAGCGCGCUACGAGAAGUCCCUCGACUCGCUGGAGGACAUCGUCACCCGAAAGCUGCCGAUUGUGGGACACCCUAACUUCAGGGGCCUCCUUGAAACGGGCGACGAGCGUGUUUCAGUUGAAGCUCAAAAACUUUUUGAGCCGUCUCCUGACGCUGUGCUGGGCCAAAUGGACGUGAUGGCCAGGGGAGGCCGCGAAGUUGCUUGUUUAGUCAACACGGAAAUGCUUGUCUGGUUCAAUUACCAGCAGAGACAUUCUGGACAUGUAGUGCACAUUGCUAAGGAAAUGGCUAUAUCGUACCCUACCUCAGCUUUUCUACGUCGCAGUUCAACCUUGGUUCCGCGAUUUGACAUUCUUGUCAGUCGGCUGGUCGAGUCAGGCCUCACGGACAAGUGGUACUCUGACCUUUCGGUGCGAGUUGCGCGCACACAAGCCGACUCGCCACAAGUUUUGGGCAUCCACAAUCUCAGCGGCAUUUUCAUGGUCCACACGGUCGGCAUGCUCCUUGCCACGGCCGUCUUCGUCGUCGAACUUGCUGUUGACAAGUGGCAGCGCAUUAACACCGUCAUUUCAUUAUUGUAGCUUAAUAUUAUAAUAAUUAUGUUUUUAUAAUUUUUUAAAUUACAUAAAUAUACAUUAUUCUGGAGUUUUUGUGUCGAAUAUCAUUAAAUG